AUGGGUAGGUUCGGUCACGUCAUUCGGGCCAGGCUCAAGACAUCUGCCGGGGACGUCACCGUUGCUGCCAAGGAGGUUCGCACACGAGACGGUCCGUGUUACCGCAGCCUCUUCAGGGAGGCGGCCAUCUUGGUAGCCGUGCACGAGGAUCGGCAUCACGACAACCUUCGCUCCAACAUCAUCCAGCUGUUGGCAUUGGUCAAUGAGUCGACUAAGAAGUAUAUCGUCAUGGAAUACGCUUCUAAAGGCUGCCUUUUACGUUUGCUGCAACAGACACGACGGCAAAACGGACCGCAGCCUCUCCCACAUAACCUCCGCUACGCCGUACACAUUGCCCGCGCUCUUCAGGAGCUCCAACGCCUGGCGCUCACUCACGGUGACGUGGCCGCUCGGAACGUCCUCAUCACUGCCGACAACGUGGCCAAGCUGGCCGACUUCGGACAGGCCGGUGACGUCUAUACCACUGUCCAACACGUGUCUAGUAAUAAACGUGGCAAAGAACCGGCUAACGGAGAUACAAACAACGCAGGAAAUGAAGUAUUGCCGUUGAACUGGAUGUCUCUGGAAUCUUUAGAGACAGGCGAGUACACCUGUCAGAGUGACGUCUGGUCCUUCGGCGUGCUGCUGUGGGAGAUCGCCACGCUGGGACGAGAACCGCGUUACGAUGGCAACAACCACCCGACCUGUCACCAGCUCGCCAGGACACUCCGGAGGGGAAUCCGGCUGAGGAAGCCUCCGGAUUGUUCCGGAGAAAUGUAUGACGUCAUGAUGUCGUGUUGGCGGGAAAGUCCAUUGGCAAGACCGGUUCCGGAUAUUCUAGAGACGAAACUCAUGCAAAUGUGCCACACGAUGAUCACGGAAAAGGAAACGGCAGUUUGA